AUGUCUCUGCUCGAGAACGACUCAGGAGAUGACGGCGAGGUCCGUCACAAGCGCUUCGACUACCAUGCGCCCUCGCUAGCUGGGAUUAUCGAGUUCUUCAAGGCAGACGACAUCAGUGAUGUCAAGGCUGCUAUCUUACUGAACCAGACCCCAGGAGAAAUAUACCAGAUGAAGAAGCAUAUUAGAUGCUACCUCCGCGCCCCCUGCCCCUGGAUCACAUCUGAAGACCUUUUCGACAAUGCUGGCAAGAUUCUAUGCUUGAAGGACGAACACCCCCUUGGCUGGAUGAUGCCUGCCGACAGACGGGGCGUACUGUUCAGACACUUAGUCAUUCCCCCUGUGGCCAAACUCUACCCUGAUCUCUUUAUGGAGCCAGACCUCGAAACUCAGAUCCGCCAAGAUCAGCCAAACGGAUACGGCAGGUUCACCCAAGCCCCCUUCGUCGUGUGCAGGGAGGUUCUGGUCAGGUUGAUUGAGGCAUGUGCUCAGGAGAUGAGAGAAUAUUCAUGUCUCAGAGAUGCCGAAACCGAAACGCAACAUAUCUCACCGUGUCCCAAACUCAAGCGCUCUCGAAUUGAUGGCUUUGAGGCAAUCGAAAAUGAGGAACAGCCAGCACCGAAGAGACAAAUGGUCAAGCCUUUUGCGUUUACUCACAUCAAAGCUGUUACAAUUCGUCCACCAAUUCGUAUCUCCAACCUCACGGAGCCCGCCGCUGCUCCUUCCGAGCCAGCCAAGCCCAAAUCAGCCGGUGAAAGAAUUCGCAGGAGUGUUGCAGAACUGCUUGAACAAGAAAAAGCACUCAGAGCUCAGCCACGCAAUGCUACUUCCUCUCCCAUUAGUCCUACCAAGGACAGAAAGAACUCCACACCAUCGAUGACUGAUAACGAAAACACUCCAACUCGCGGCGAACGUCUUGAUCGCGCUGUCGUCGAGCGUAGGCGCCUUCACAUUCUGAACAUACCCGCUAAGACCAAGAAAAGGGAUGUGGCAGACUUCUUUAUCGGCUACAACUUGGGUCCCAUCACCAUGUACACACGAAGCGCAGAGAGCCAGUAUUGCUUUGCAGACUUCUACAGUCAUGAACAAGCAAAGCGUGCUAUGGAAGACUUGAACCGUACGCCUUUGCUCGGUCGUAUGGUUGACAUCAAGUUCGCACAGGCCUCUCCUCGUAUUGACGAGAAAGAGAAGGACAAGUGUCCCCUCCCAGUCAAGCCAACCGCUAAACUCUUCUCUGAAAGAGUUAGACGCUGA